AUGGACAGCUGUAUUUUGGUGAAGCUCCCUGCCGGCUCCUUGACGUAUUUGAUGCAGUCGCUGUUGCUCUCAUGGCUUGUGGUGCCUUCCCUUGGGCAAUUCUGUCAACUGGCGGAAAUGGAAACGGGCUUCUGGUGGAAAAGUUCUAGUGACAACAACAUAGUUUUCAAGAAAGAUCGGCACCACAAGUCUGGAGUCAGAGGUAUUCAUACAUUGACAUCUUUGUACAGUGUCUCAACAUGUCUCACCGUGUUUCCAAUGUUUCACUUGUUUCCUGGGGCCGCCAAAGAGGCCAGACAGGGCAGAGAAGACUCCUCUGUCGUCAUCGAAGCUGUUUGCCAAAGGAGCGAAGCAUUUCGCUUGAUGACGCGCGGCUGGCCCGACGCCGCUUUGGACUGGCGCCACAUGGAUGGUUCCUGGUUCCGCGACGAGUGGCCAAAGGGCCGGCGAUCAGAUGUGAAAGCUGCGGCUCCUGCACGAGGUCGUUCAGUCCGAGUUCUUGCACGGCUACGGCCUUUCUUGGACAAUGAAGAGGAGCCGAGCGAUAUCCCGUGCCUCCGCACGGUUGGGAGCUCUCAACUCGAGGUUCUGUUGGAACCCCGGGCUCUCCUAACGGAUACUGCUUGUCGUCGUGGGCGCCGGCGCACCAUUGGUGCAGCACUCGGUAGCACUUGGGUCGCGCUCGCAAUUGCCAUGGAGGGCUGGGAUAGUGACAAGCUGCCAGCAGUGGUUCGAAAGCCAUGGGAGAUUUUUCAACACUGCGUGCAGCAGCGUGUCACUUUGAAGCUCUUGGCGAAUGAAGCUACAGAAGAACCUGAUGCCAGCUUCUUCAAGCUCUUGGAACAAGAUGGUGCUCAAAAAGUUUUUGCGACCCUGGAUGUGGAGACCCGCAAGACUUACCAAGGCAUCAGUCACAUGGAACUGGCGGCCUUUUGUCACUACGCUCGUGAGCGCGCUCGCCGGCGUAGCGGAGCCACUGACAGCAACCAGUCGCACACAGACGAAUCCAGCAGUGAAGACGAUACCGAUGAAGAUGCCUUUGACGCCCUGAGCGACGAAGAGCGGCGGAAGCAUGUGCCAGACAGCCUGGAAGAUCAAUGGAAAUUGAUCAAAGACCAUGGCUUUGGCUUUCUCCUCCCAGACCACAAAGAUGAAUCUGCAGUCGGCCACAACGAUGAAGCUGCAGAUGUUGCAGAAGAUGUAGAAGUUGCAUAUGCUGCAGAUGCAGAAGAUGCAGAAGAUGCAGAAGAUGCAGAAGAUGCAGAAGAUGCGGACGGUGCAGAAGAUGCAGACGCUGCAGAAGGUGUAGCUGCAGAAGCUACGGAUGCUGCAUAUGAUGCAGAUGAAGCUACUAUGAGUCAAGCUGUUCAAUCUGCAGAUCGUACCACUGAGACGGCAGAUGACGCUGCCGAGUGUCCUACAGCGGUUGAAGCUGCAUCUCGGCUGGAGAAGCUCUUUGCACCCCCGGCACCGGUGAGCACGGAGGACAUCGAAUCGGACUCUCCCAGUCCUGUGCCGAAGAAGCGCAAGAGAGGCAAAGCCGCUGCGAACCCGGUUGACGUGGCUAUGGCAGCUGGAGCAGUUCUGGAAGGGGCUGGAAGUCAAGCUGAAGCGGCGGCAACUACCAAGAAAGACGUUUGGGUAUGCAGUGUGUGCAACAAAAAACGUGGAAGCCUGAUCCUUUGUGACUCAUGCGACAAGUGCUUCCACUUCAAAUGCCACAAGCCGAAGCCAGAUCUGGUGGACCCAGAUGUGGAUAAGUGGUAUUGUGCCCGUUGCACUGAAACCAUCUCUCGGAAACGUGGCCUGCAUUUGCGCCGUGGAGAUCUGUGCUGGGCAAAGAACGCGAAGGGAACACACUUUCCUGGCGUGGUCCUGGAGCUUGAUGUGGCUCAGGAGGACUCGUUCGUCAAGGUCAGAUUCUUGGAUUCGGAGCGCACUGAGGCAUGGCACAAUGUCAAGACAGUACGGGGGUGGCAUGAUUUUUAUCCGACAAAGCCAUCGUCAGCUCUGAAGACGGCCAUUGCAGAGGCUGAGUCGGCAGCGAAAGCCCUUGGCCUUGACCUCAUCAGGACACCAGAUCGUGCAUCUACGGACAAGAAGGCCGCAAAGAGAACACCUCUCUCGGGUCCCAAGCAGCCGAUGAAGAAAGCGAAGGUAUUGGCAUCAACGCCACCAAAAGAGGAGCUAAACAAGAUCCAACAGCUUUUGAAUGAAGCUGCGAUGCGACAACAGCGACUGCUGUCAUUAAGUGGCUUGCACGAUAUUGGGAGCUGCAAGUCUGCUGCCUCGAUGCCCUCAGUCUCCUCCCGAGGACUCUUUGAGUCGCCCUUCUUACCAGUUCGUGGUUUGGAAUCCCGCACCUUUAGCUUUGAUCAGGUUUUUGAUGCAAAUGCCAGUGACGACCAGGUCUUCAGUGAGAUUCAAGAUGAACUGCAGGCUGCUCUGAAGGGUGAGGCGGUUUGCAUUCUCGCAUACGGGGCUACUGGGAGCGGAAAGACCCAUACAGUCACCAACAUCGCGGAGAGGGUAGCACAAAGGCUCAACAGUGAGGCCGAUCUGUUGGAGAAAGAGGGCUCUCAGCUGGAAGUCUUGGUUCAGAUCGUGGAGAUCUACAACGAACACUUCCGGGACCUGCUGACGGUGGCAGAUACUUCGCACACUGCUCACCAUGAAACUCCAAAGUUGAAGACGUUCUCGCCCAGCAGCAGUGCCACAUUGCAGGGGGUGACGCACCGGCGAAUUACCCGCGGCAAAGACAUGCUCAAGGGUCUGCAGUCGGCGCUACGAUUUGGCCAAGCACAGCGCGCUACGUGUUCAACCUCUGUCCAUGGGCGUUCAUCACGUUCGCAUUUGGUCAUGAUGCUCUAUUUGCUCACCUGCGACGAAUCAGGUUCCCAACAUCAACUGGGGCGCUUGAGUUUGGUGGACCUCGCUGGCAGCGAGCGCAUCAAGUGCUCAGAGGCAACGGGCGAUCGACUCAGAGAGGCUCAACACAUCAACCGAUCCUUGAGCGCUUUGGCCGAUGUAGUGGUGGCCAAGGAGAAGGGAGUUCCGCAUGUGCCAUACCGGAACUCGAAGCUCACCCAUCUGCUGCAGGACGCUUUGGGAGGUCAACAGAACAGCCGCACGACCAUCAUCAUCGCGCUGCCCCCUACGAGGGCAGCCCUGGGUGAAACGCUGCACUCCUUGCAGCUCAGUUCACGUUUGAACUCCAUCGCGGCUCAGCGCAUGUACGUGCCCUGGUCUGGACACCAGCGUGGAGUAGAGGAGGAUGACUCUCUGCUUGCUCGACAAGAAGCUGAAAGGCUUCGACUUGAAAAUGUUCAGUUGCGAAACCGUAUCCAACAACUGGAGGAACGUGAUCAGGAGAGGGACCUGGAGCUGCAGCAGCUGCGACAGCAGAUCCAGGUUCAGCCCUGCAGCACAGAAACUUGUUGGAGGUCCACAUCUCCGCCAAGUCCGGUACUCGAGGCUGACUCUUCGGCUGAACAAAGUCGAGAAAUCUCUGAGUGCCAGGUCAGGGAAGUGUCUCCAAUUCCAGCUGAUGAGUUGCAACCAGUGCAACCAGAGCCUGAGAUCGAGGCAGCUGCAAGGGCCUUGGAUUUUUCAACGCACUUCUCAGAUGGUAUUUUCGAAUCUUCGCCACAGCUGAAAGGUGUCCAGAGCGUUCAAGAUCAGCAACCCUUUGCAGAACAGCGUGCGGAACACGAGACCUCCGGUGGGGUCUCCCAAGACUGUUGA